AUGGCCCUGCCUCAUGGUAGCACCCAGGCAGAUCAGCCAUCAAGCACCGCCAGCCUUCUGAACCUGACUCCACAAAAUAAUGUGCCACCGUCUGCUGACACACAAGACCCGUUCAAUGGGCUUUCCUUCAAAGUUGGAGUGGCAGAAAAUAAGAACUCUGCCUACAGAGCCAAGAUGGAGGAUGUGCACACCUAUGUCGCCAACUUCGCCGAAAAGCUCGACUGGGGAUACUUCGCCAUAUUCGAUGGACACGCCGGGAAAAGCACUGCUCGAUGGUGUGGAAAUAACUUGCAUACAUUGAUUGAACAAGAGUUGCUAGCUAAAGAGGCGCUGGCAAACUGCGGCCUGGGCGCCUCCCCAUCAGAUCUAUGUGACGUAAAGGAGGUGUUUCAUAAUGUUUUCGUGAAAGCAGACGAGCUCAUUGAGGAAGAAGGGAGCGGGUCUUCUGGAUCCACUGCUGCGGUUGCGAUCUUACGCUGGGAAACUACCGAAGACCAGACUGAGCCGGCAAAGCUGAAGCCAACUAAAUCAGGCAAGAAAUUCGAUUUCGUGCCAGGGCCUCAGCAUAAAAGAAUGUUAUACACAUCGAACGUUGGUGAUCUGCGAAUCGUGAUUUGUCGAUCUGGGAAAGCAUACAGACUAACAUAUGACCAUAAAGCAUCGGACCCAAGUGAAAUUAAGCGAGUGCGAGAAAGAGGAGGACUAAUUGUCAAAAAUAGAGUCAAUGGCGUUCUUGCAAUCACGAGAUCGUUGGGAGAUUCGUACAUAAAAAAUCUCGUUACAGGAAAACCGUUCACUACCUCCACAGAAAUCACAGAAGAGGAUGAGUUUCUAAUAUUGGCCUGUGACGGCGUUUGGGAUGUCAUAAGCGAUACAUACGCCUGCAAGUUCGUUAAAGACAUAUUUAAGCAACAACAACAAAACAACGAACCCAUUGACCCAGCUAGAGCAGCAAAGAGGCUUUGUCAACUAGCCAUCGAUAAGGCGACAACCGACAACGUCACUGCGAUGAUUGUCAAGUUUGAUUCAUCAGUCUUUGACUAG